GGAUUCCUUUUCUCUCCUCACUCGUCUCUCUCUCUCUCUCUCUCUCUCUCUAGGGUUCCGAUUUCACUUUUCCCUUUUCCUACUGUACCUGCGAUUGAACCUCCACCCUCUCCGUUGGAAUUUCCUCGGCGUUAACGAAACUUCUCUUGCUUCAAAUCAACCAUGGAUGUUAGACUGAUUCCUCGAACAACGCUUUAGAUUUGUUAGGUUAAUGCUCUGCUCAUUUUCCCUUUGAAUGGUUGCUACGAUGGACUUAAAUGCUUCACCCCAACCCGAAGAAGAAGAAGACGAUGAGCCCUAUGUGAGACAUCUUGAAGAUGGCAGGAUUGAAUCUGCAGUCGAAAUAGCAAGACGGGAACGUGAAGAGAGGAGGAAACGAAUGAGAUACGACAAGCCAACGCAUAACUCUCAACCACUCUUCCGUGAUCAAUACUAUCAGAACCGGAAUGCUCAAGCUUAUGAUAGAUACAAGCUCCCUCAAGGUUGGCUGGAUUGCCCUGCUUCUGGGCAUGAGAUAGGAUUCAUCGUUCCUUCCAAAGUUCCUUUGAAUGAAGCUUACAACAAUCAUGUGCCUCCUGGUAGUAGAUACUCUUUUAAACAGGUGAUCCAUAACCAGAGGAUAGCUGGGAGAAAGCUUGGUCUAGUGAUUGAUUUGACAAAUACAACUCGUUACUAUUCUACGGCAGACCUAAAGAAAGAAGGCAUCAAGCAUGUUAAGAUUGCAUGCAGGGGUCGUGAUGCAGUGCCAGAUAAUGUGUCUGUCAACGCGUUUGUCAAUGAGGUUAAUCAGUUCGUCCUAAAUCUAAAACACUCAAAGAAGUAUAUUCUCGUCCACUGUACACAUGGGCAUAACCGGACAGGGUUUAUGAUAGUUCAUUAUCUUAUGCGAUCUGGGCCGAUGAAUGUCACACAGGCGUUAAAAAUCUUUUCCGAUGCCCGCCCCCCUGGAAUCUAUAAACCAGACUAUAUUGAUGCUUUAUACACAUUUUAUCACGAAAUAAAACCCGAGAGUGUUAUUUGCCCAUCAACUCCGGAAUGGAAGAGGUCUACCGAGCUCGAUUUAAAUGGUGAAGCUUUACCAGAUGAUGAUGAGGAUGGCGGUCCGGCUGGUCCUGUGCAAGUAAGCUCGGAGGAAACCCAUCAGGUGGAAGUAAAGAUGUCAAAUGAUGACGUUUUGGGUGAUGAAAUUCCCCAUGACCAGGAGGAAGGUUACCGGCAAUUCUUUUAUAGGAUGCUAUCUCUGAAUAUUGGGGGAAGAGGAUGUUCGCAGUUUCCAGGUUCACACCCUGUUUCCUUAAACAGGGAUAAUUUGCAACUGUUGAGGCAGCGGUACUAUUAUGCAACGUGGAAGGCCGAUGGAACGCGAUAUAUGAUGCUGCUAACCAUGGACGGAUGUUAUCUAGUAGAUAGGAGCUUUAGAUUUCGGAGGGUACAGAUGCGAUUCCCUUUCAAGCAUCCAACUGAAGGCAUAUCUGAUAAAGUGCACCAUUUCACAUUGCUUGAUGGAGAGAUGAUUAUUGAUACCUUGCCAGAUAAACAGAGGCAGGAGAGAAGAUACCUAAUAUAUGAUAUGGUAGCAAUCAACGGUCAAUCAGUUGUAGAGCGGCCUUUCUAUGAAAGAUGGAAGAUGCUCGAGAAGGAGGUGAUAGACCCCCGUAAUCACGAGAAGGCCAGAAGUCAAAUCUACCGAUAUGACCUCGAGCCUUUUAGGGUGCGGAGAAAGGAUUUCUGGUUGCUUUCGGCGGUUGAAAAGAUUUUGAAGGGUUUCAUACCAUCACUUUCACACGAAGCCGACGGCCUAAUCUUUCAGGGCUGGGAUGAUCCUUAUGUUGCCCGUACCCAUGAAGGUCUGUUGAAAUGGAAGUAUCCAGAAAUGAAUUCGGUUGACUUUCUGUACGAGCAGGAUGAGAGUGGCCGUGGAAUGCUGUUUUUGUUUGAAAGAGGGAAGAAAAAGCAUAUGGAUGGGAAUACUGUUGUUUUUAGAGAUGAUUCAGACCCUGCGGAGUACUCCGGGAAGAUUGUAGAGUGUUCGUGGGAUCAGGAUGAGCAAGUCUGGGUUAGCAUGCGAGUCAGGGUCGAUAAAUCAACGCCAAAUGAUAUCAACACUUAUAGAAAGGUGAUGAGAAGCAUAAAGGAUAACAUCACAGAGGAAGUGUUGCUCCAGGAGAUAAGGGAGAUCAUCCGGUUGCCUAUGUAUGCAGACCGUAUUCAAAUGGAUAGCAAAGCUGCGCGCCGCAGAUGAAACAACACCUCUUGUUGUUGUCUCUCGACGCAUACAUGAAGCUGAAUCAAGAAAGAGACAUCAUCUGCGGAUGGCCGGUAAUGUUCUUUACUCGUCUUCUUUGUGAAUCCAUGGUACUUGUAUACUGCUAACAGUUUUAGGGUUUAUUGUGGAAUCAUAUAUUCCGUUUGGCAUUUGUGAUGAUGGUUUUAGCUUUGCAAAAAAGGUGUGUGGUACUCUUGUAAGUGAUAUUCAUAUAUGUUUAGAUGUAGAAGUUGUAAUGGGACAAAUAAUAGUACUUAGGAAGGGAUAAUGUUGUAAUCUUUAGUAUUAGUAUCAUAUUAUUAUUGGUUCUGUUUUA